UCGGAGAUGCACGUACCAGCAUCCAGUGGUCCAGCGGCUGUACACAAUGUCAUUUCUGUUCGACGUUCUUCCGGUAUUUCGCGAGCGAGGUCCGCGCGAGUAAUGAGAGACUGACCAAAGUCUGACUCGUAUCACUGAUUGAUAAGCCGCGCGCCAGAAAUCGGACGUAUUUACCAGAUUAUGAUAUACAAGAAAGGCACGGGAUAAAGGCGCCGUAUUCAGAGAAAGAGUGAAAACGAAGAAUCCGAGGAAAGCAAAGCGCAAGAUGCUUUUGAUGACCUCUGUUUAAUCACACGUUAACAAAAAAAUGAUAUUCCCUUUAAUUAUCCUGAUCCUUUCGGUGGGGAUCUGCUAUAGCAAUCCAGAUGCUAAAAGACUUUAUGAUGAUCUACUUUCAAAUUACAAUCGGCUGAUUCGACCUGUAUCUAACAAUACAGACACUGUUAUUGUGAAACUAGGUCUUCGUCUCUCGCAGCUGAUAGAUCUCAAUUUAAAAGAUCAAAUCUUAACGACGAACGUCUGGUUGGAGCAUGAAUGGCAGGACCAUAAGUUCCAAUGGGAUCCGUUGGAAUACGGAGGUGUCACUGAACUCUACGUGCCUAGUGAACAUAUAUGGCUACCCGACAUUGUGCUUUAUAACAACGCGGACGGAGAAUACGGCGUGACAACAAUGACUAAAGCUAUUUUGCAUUACACCGGCAAGGUUCUUUGGACACCUCCCGCAAUUUUCAAAUCUUCUUGCGAAAUAGAUGUUAGAUAUUUUCCCUUCGAUCAACAAACCUGUUUCAUGAAAUUUGGCUCAUGGACAUAUGAUGGCUUUCAAAUUGACUUGAAGCAUAUUAAUCAAGAUGUGGGUGAUCAAGUCAAAGUAGGUAUCGACUUGCGCGAAUAUUAUCCGAGUGUGGAAUGGGACAUAUUGGGUGUUCCCGCGGAACGUCACAAGAAAUAUUAUCCUUGUUGUCUUGAACCGUAUCCAGAUAUCUUCUUCAAUAUAACUUUACGUCGGAAAACAUUGUUCUACACGGUGAAUCUCAUAGUACCGUGCGUCAGUAUCUCAUAUCUAUCAGUGUUGGCUUUCUAUCUACCAGCCGAUUCCGGAGAAAAGAUCGCUCUCUGCAUCAAUAUCUUACUAUCUCAGACCAUGUUCUUCUUACUGAUAUCCGAAAUUAUACCAUCCACAUCGCUAGCACUGCCGUUGCUCGGCAAGUAUCUACUCUUUACGAUGAUCCUGGUCGGAUUGUCGGUCGUGAUAACGAUUAUUAUCCUGAAUGUACAUUACCGUAAACCGAGCACUCACAAGAUGGCACCUUGGGUGAGAAAAAUCUUUAUAAGAAGAUUACCGAAGCUACUUCUGAUGAGAGUGCCCGACGAUCUUCUCAGUGAUCUCGCUGCACACAAGAUACAUGGAAGAGGAAGAUCCGGAAAGAAGAGUAAGUUUAAUGCUGCUAUCGCAGCAGCGGCACAAUCGUCAUCGAUAAUAUCUUCGCCGGAUUCUGCCCGCCAUCAACGAAUCGAUGGUUGCAACGGUUUACAUAGGACAACUGCCCAUAAUCGAUUUUUAGUCGGCAGUUUAGGAUAUAACGGGCUUCCAACAGUUAUGUCCGGUCUUGAUGAGUCAUUGAGUGAUGUAACGCCAAGAAAAAAAUAUCCUUUCGAAUUGGAGAAAGCUUUACAUAAUGUCAUGUUCAUUCAGCAUCAUAUACAACGCCAGGACGAAUUCAAUGCGGAAGAUCAAGAUUGGGGUUUUGUCGCAAUGGUUCUUGACCGUCUCUUUCUAUGGAUCUUUACGAUAGCCUCCAUAGUUGGAACUUUUACAAUUUUAUGCGAAGCACCGGCACUUUACGACGACACGAAACCGAUCGACACGGAAUAUUCCUCAGUUGCUCAACAACAAUUUCUCCCACCCGGCCAGGAUUUGCUGGAAACUAUCGGAGACGAUGCAUAAACGGUGGUAUUUCAUUCGCGCACACUCACACCAAAGUCUACUACCUGUAUAUAGGACAAGUUUCAUGCUCCAAUUAAUAUCUUCCCGAAGAGCAAUCGAUUCGUAUAUAUGUAGCGUAGUUUUUCGAUAAAUUAUAAACAAAACUUUUUUCAUUACAAGCAAGAACAUAUAUACUCGAGUUUGUUCGAUAUACUGUACGCAUUAGAAACAAAAAUAAAAUUUAAAAAAUCAAAAA